AUGCCCGAAGACAAGUCCAUCGCUGUGCGAUCUCUUGUAGCCUUUUCCCAGGGCGAAAUCCGGGAACCAAUGUUUGACCUAGCCUACGACAUGUUGGAUCCUCUCGGACCUCGCAUCUCUAGUCUCAAUGACUUGGAGGCCUUUCUCGAUCAUAUCAUCAACAAUCCCGAAACCAAGGAUUCUUGCCCACGUCCUGAAUUCGACCCCAUGGCAGAAGAAUACGCGAGAAAACUCCAGGGCGUACAACAGCUUGUAGAUGAGCGCCUUUUUGCCGGAGAGCCCUUGACGAAACUCGCCAAGUUUGACAAGCGUGUCUCCUGGAUCACCCGGGACGUUGAAAUGAGCAUCUCACGUAUCGAAGAGUUUAUUGAGUCGGCUUUAGGGAAGCGUCCCGACGAGAUUCCUUCGGAAACAUCCGGGGCAAAGGGACCAAUGUAUCUGAACCUUGCCGGUCUCUAUGGUUCUUCAGCACUGCCGUCGCUGGCGGCUUCGUUUGACAGCAAGUCCGAAGACGAGGUCUCGCAGCAGGCAAAAGGCGUUCUAAAGACCCUUGAACGUCUAUUUGACCGAGCCAAGGCCAUGUCGUUAGUACUCAUCUCCUACGGCAAGGACAGAUUCUGGGAGACUGACGGGCUCAGUCACCUCCUUGAUUGCGCGGAGCAUAUGGCACUCUUGCAGGGAUAUGUGCACAAGUCUCAGCGUGACGGUCUAGCCAUCACCAAGUUCAUGGUUGGCAAGUUUGACCGAUCCGCUGCUAGACUCGAUUGCUGUAUAAAGGCCUUUAUCAUGGCUUACGACACCCUUCCCACCGGGGUUACUCCAGCUGAACUCGACAUAUUGUCACUGCGAGCUUCAUGCAAAGGCAAGAACCUGGACGGGAUUUACACCCAGUAUAAGAGAGACGAUAGGGUUGCGAGUUCGUUUUUCCGAGAAUACUGUAGAGUGUGGCCUCUUGCCGAAGAUCACGAUCCGAACGCGGCCUGGGAGUUGGGAGUCUGUGCUGACGCUCUGGCUAUCCGAAACCGCCUGAUCAUGAGCCAAACCCUACGGAAGAGAACUAGGAGAGAUUUGUGUUCUUGGGACUGUGGCCGUUCCAAGGCCUUAGGUGUUGACUUCAUCAAGCACGCACUCGCGAUUCUUCACGUCCUACUCAGGGUUGACAUCAAUACCCUCAAGAAACUCAUUUCGGAUCUCAAAGCGUUAUGCCCCAACCAAGCUCCGGCUCGUGGGUGA